AUGAAAUAAGAUGACAUUCAAUCUCCUUAGUUGUGUGACAAUUUUCCACCUAGACUUCCAAAUCCAAGGAGAUCAGCAAUCUUCAAAUAACAAAAUGCUAUUAGUCUAACAAAAUUAGACACAAGACUAUAAGAAAAGAAUGACAUGCUUGUUGCACAAAUUUAAAAAAUUGUUAAACAUAUGCCUUCUGAUGAUAAGUAACUUAAAGCAGAAAGACAUAUUUAUGAUGCUUACUAUUUGAGAACCAUUCGUAAUGAUAUUGAUCUUGCAGAUAAAGUAAUUUUAAAAUAUCUUUGGAUCAUUGAAAAUAGCAGAAUUUGGAGUGGAUAUCUAUUAACAUUAACAAUCUUCUAUCAAAUUAUCACUUUCUUUGAAAAACCUUAUCCUGAAUCUGACUUCUAUGAAGCACCUGAAAUUGGCAAUAUUGAAUUGUUCAUAUUAAUAUUUCUUACUAUUGACUUCGUAAUAACUUUAAUUUUGCUGGCAACUAAAAAAAAUGAUGGAGGAUUCCAAUUUAACACAAAAAGAAUGAUAAAGAUGUUGUUCUAUUUAGUUUGUGUAACAGAUUUCAUAAAUUGGAAGAUUGAUUAAAAUCAAAUCCGAUUCAGUAGAUUAAUUAGACCAGCAUUAAUGAUAUUUUAUUCUAAAGAUCUAAGACGAAAUCUUAAGGGAAUAGUCAAAGCAAGUAAAGAUUUACUUUUAUUAUUAUUACUUUAUGUAAUAAUUAUAUCCACAUUUGCUUUUAUUGGAAUAAAUUUAAUUGGAUAAUUGGAAACUGUUGAUUUAGAAACAUAAGAUUAUGGAGACUUCUUCAAAUUAUUUAGUAUGUUAUUUAUGGCUGCUACUCUUGAUUUCUAUCCUGAUAUUAUGAUUCCUCCUAUUUUCUAAGGUACUUUCUAUGCUCUCUACUUUGUAAUAUAUAUCAUACUCUUUUUGUUUCUAUUUUAGCCAAUUCCUUUAGCUGUUGUCUAUGAAGGAUUUCGUAAACAUAGAAUGUAGAUUGCAAUAUAAGAUAUCAUAAAAUAAAAAUCUGCUAUGAUGGCAAGUUUUAUCUCAUUGGAUUCAAAUGAUGCAGGUUUCUUGACUGAAAAUUAAUUUAAGAAAUUCUUAAAAACCUUUUAUCAUGAUUAAUUAACAGAUGAUGAAGUAAAAGUCCUCUUCUCAGAAAUAGACAAAGAUUUCAAGUAAUUUAUAAUUAUCAAAUAGUGAUAAGAUUUAAUUCGAUGAAUUCAAUCAGUUACUCUAUGUAUUAUAGAAUAGUAAGAAAAUUUCCUUACCAAGAUCUAAACCACUUAAAUGUUGGGAAUCUCUAAGAAAUUUUCUAAAUAAACAUGGAUUAAAGAAAUUUAUUGAAUCUAAUGUAAUUAUGAUAUAAUAAUAGAUAAGUUUUUUGGUCUAAUUAUGUUCUUAGUUACAAUAAUAAAUUGUGGAUUGAUUAUAUCUGCAUUUUUUAUAGAAGAUUUAAGUGUACUUGCCAUAUUUGAUACUAUUGAUACAGUGUUUUUAGGAAUCUUCAUUUUUGAAUGUCUAAUGAAAAUAAUAGCCUUAGGAAUAUAUGACUUUUUUGUAGAUGGUUGGUAUUAAUGUUUUAUAUUAUCUGUAGGAAUGUUUUUGAUAUUUCAUUGAUAUUUUUAUAGAUAUUGUUUGAUUAUAUUUUAUUCAGUUUUGUAACUGGAAAUAUUGUAUAAUCUAUCAAAGCGAAUAGGAUUUUGAGAAUUGCAAAAAUCUAAAAGGUUUUUAGACUUUUUAGAGCCUUUAGAUCAAUAAAAUUAGUUGGAUAUUUAUUGAGAGGAUUAGAAAUAUUUGCUCAUGUGAAAAACUUAUUAUACAAGAUCAUCAUUUGUGUACCUCUUAUUCUUAGAUUAAUUCUGCCUGUAUAGAUUGUUUUUUUUACAUAUUCUUGUAUAGGGAUUUAUAUUUAUGGAGGAAUUUAAACAGAUGAUUAGAAUCCUUUUUCAAACAAUUCAUGUGAUCCAAAUGAAUUUAGAUUUUUAUGGGGUUAAUGUAAAUAUGCAGAUUUUAAUUCAAUGGGUGGAUCUUAUUUAAUGAUGUUAUAAGUAUUUACAGCAUCAUCAUGGGGACAAUUAGUUUUUGAACUUUCCUUUGACACUAAGAAUUUAGUGAUCCCAAUGAUUUUUAUUGGUUCAUUUGUUUUUCUCUCAAUAUUCUUAUUAGCACUUAUUGGAGGUUUAGUAUGGGAAGUAUUUACAGUAGUAUCUAAGACAUUAUUUGAAUAAGAGAUGGAACAAUUCAAACCAGAAGAGAGAGUGGCCUUUUAACUUAAUUUUUAAGAUGAAGCUUUGCUAGGUAGUAGUUUGGGAACUGAAUAUGAUAUUCGAAAUGGAACUUAAUUAAGUAAUGCUAUUCAGUUACAAAAGAAAACUGCUAUUCUUAAUGAUGAUAACCCAGAUAUAUUGGAAUUUAGACCUAGGAAUGUAGGUCUUAGAGUACAUUAAGAUGAUAAAUUGGAUAUACCUGUUGAAUUGGAUUUUCAAAUUGAAACACAAAUGUACAGUAAAGUACUAAGAGUAGGAAUCAAUCCAAAUUAAGUAAGUAGGAAAUUAAAACCUUAAGGUGAUUUAGCUUAAAUAGUUGAAGAUGAAUUAUUAGAGAUUUAGAAAUUGUAUUGUGAUUACUUUAUUGAUUAUUAAGAAUUUUUGGAAAUCAAAUUUAUUAAAGAGUCUCAUAAUAUUUAUAAUGUUACUACAGAAUAUGUAGUACAUAUUAGAAAUGAGAUUAAGAAAGAUGAAAUGUUUAAAAGGAAACAUGUAAAUAUUUCUAAUCAUGAUUUACUAAUUUAAAAUGCUGUUUUAAGAGACACUAGUGAAAUGUAUAUUAAAUAAUAAGAAGAUUAAUAUUUUAAAACUGAAUAUGGUUAAAAAUUUGAAUUAAUUAAAGAACUUAAAUUUUAAAGUAAAUUUAAAGUUGAGAGUAAGAUACUCUUCUCUUUAAUGGGUAUAUUGAAAUUUCCAAAACCUAAUAUUAAAUAUUUCUUUUAAAUUUUAUAUUUGAUAGAAAAUUAUUUUACUUAUUAAUUGUUACCAGAUUGUUCAUUUUUUAAAUUAUUACAUUAAAUGGAUGGAAAAUGGUAUAUGAUAAGUAUUGAAGAUAAGUAAAUUGUAUUUACUAAAAUUGGAGCUGGACCUUGGACACAUGAUAAUUUAUUGUUUGAUUAAGGUUAAAUGAGAAUUUGUGAGAAUUUGAAAUUUAUGAAAGAAAUUAAGAAUACUGAAGUGAAAUCACAUAUAAGAGAAUUUCAUACCAGCAUGAAUAAAAUGGCUAAAUAAUUCGAACUUGAUAUUACAAAAAUAGAUGUAAGGAGUACAAUAGUAUUAUAUCAAAUAAAAAAUGAACGUUAUGCUCCUCCUGAUUCUGCUACUCCCAGAAUGAAUGGAUAAAAACCAAUCAUUAGUCCAAGAUAUAUGACAAUGAGUGUUAAGAAUGUUUAAGUAAGUCAGGUUAAUGUGGAAGUGAAUUCUUUUAAUGAAGAUGAUAAUCCAGAAGAGAUAUUUUAAAUGGGUGCUAAUGUUGAUGAAUGUCAUAGACAUGUAAGUUAAACUAUGAUAUUUGUUCUGUCAAAGAUAUAAGCAUAAGAGAGUAGGAUUGUAUAUUAAAAUUAAGUAAUGUUGGCUUAAUUUGUCUUAGAUUUGGCUGGAGUUAUUAAGAACUAUUCUGAUAAUUUCUUUUAAUAAUUAGAGGAAUUAUAUUCUUUACGUAGUAAAUAAAGAGGAGUAAAAUAAAAAUGA